AGCUUUCGGAUUCAACAUGGCCGGGAAGGUAAUGCCGAGUGGCGGCGCAUUGCCACCUGGAGUCGGAUGACUCGCACCGCGUCCCGAAGGGGUUUCCACAGCCAGUGCGGGAAGUGUUUCACUAUUUACUUCUGCAUGGGCAGCAGGCUUCCUGGUACAUGAACAUGGACAUUUUAAACAUUAUUCCGACCGAGAAAACGGCUUCAGAGACGUAAACGAAACGGAUACUAUCGCAUUCGAAUAAGCCUCUGCUGCUCUGUUGGCCCUCACCAUCAUCAGCAUCAACUAAUCAUCCAUCGUCGACGAAGGUCUUGAGAGUUUGGAGGUGACCACUUGGGACAGAGGUCUUGGCUUUUCAAAUUUCUGUGCCCAUAACAGCAGGAUUUAAACAAGCAGAAUGACCAACGUGGAUUUGCCCAGUUUAAUUAGCGUGGUGCACUAGCGAGGAGCCCGAUUCGACUGUGUCCAAUCAGGCCGCCACCACAGGGUCAUCCCUACGACAGCGCAUCAUUUCCUGCCCUGGUGCAUCUCAGGUCAUGAGGGCCUCCAGGGGUGGAUUAGUGGAGAAAAGCCUCACCUGUUUGGAACCUCAGCUUGCCUCCAGCCUCCCGCUAUGACUACAGCCCACCUGAGUCCACUGGGUCUGUUUUUGGUGUGGCCCAGUUUUUGGCAGCGCCUUUCGCCUCCUGGGCCCUUGUGGCGCAGACUCCCUGGCCCAGACUGUGGAACCUCAGCCUGUCCACAUUGCCUUUCCCCAGGCCUGGCUAGAUGAUAACAUCUGCUCCAAUGCAACCACUCUAUGUGUCUCAAGGCUUAAACUUCCCACUUGCCCACCACCAUAACAGGUAACCUUCGGUAAACUCCCAUCCAGGUAUGAUGGGAAGACGGGGAGCCUUGACUCUCGGACAUGUCCGGUAAUGAGGCAUGGCAUGCAGGAAUGAAGAGUACGCUAAUGCGAAGGCUAAUUACAGAUGACGAGUAACGGCAGUGAGUGGGUUUGUGCUCAGAGGCCAACUAUAUCUACCUACUUUAAAGACACUGGGUUGACUUAAACUGGGACUAAUUAACUUGUGCUGGAAUGGGUGUCUGUGUGUGUGUGCAUCUGCGUGCAGCAUUAGUUUCCUAUUGGGGGGUCAUUAUUAAAAAUAUAGAGACCCUUUAGCCGCAUGUGACUGUACAUGUGACUGACUCCCCCCCCCCCCCCCAAACUCCAUGUGAUUUGCUCACAGGUGCUUGAAUGACAGUUUUUUUGGAGACGCACCAAACACUCACAUAUGAUCUUGCCAUUUCUCAUGUUCACUCUGGCCGUACGUCGCUCACAGCAUCAUCAGCUGCAGAGUGGGGUGGGUGGAUGGGACUAUAAAAUAACCAUUUGAGAUCAGCCAAUUGCUGAUGCGUGUGUGAGUUGUCACAGUGCAGCACCAUAGCGGAGACAGACUGAAUAGAAUGGUAAUCAGGCAAUCAGUGCGUGACCUGGUGGGAGUGGCGUGACGUGCAAUGCCGAGCAUGGCCUACAGGGGGCAGCAGCAGAGGCAGCCUCUGUAUGAAGGGAUGUUGUGGACAUUAUUAAAAAGCAUAUUCUCUAAUGGUCCCAUGUUUAACCUGGGGUCAUGGGUGUUGGCAUUCUAUGGUGGGACAAAUUGGGUAAAGUGGAAACUUAUUUCUAUAUAAAAUAUUGGGACGUAUUGUCCUGCACCCAUCUGCAAUCCAACAUUAGCGUAUUUGUUUUCUCUGUACUCUUCCUUCUUGUGGUCAAAUGGUGAUCUGAUUUUUUUGUCCCCCCUCCAAAUUUUUGGUUUGUUCCAUCUCAUUCACAUCACCCUUUCUUUUUUUUCUCUUUCUCUCCAUUGUCAUGUUCACUCGUUUCAAAGGCCUUGAAGCGUUCCUUCUGGACUCUGGCUACGCCCUGCCUCUCCCCAAAAUCUAUGCGGGCAACAAGGAAUGUUCUUGUACGUUAAUUAUCACAUCUAGUUCUUCUCUGUGUGAGGAAUACGCACUUUCAUCCUGUUAAUACAGAAAGCUUGUAAGAAUUAGCAUAUUUUUGUGAGGGUGGUAAUUGUGGUAUAUAGCAGCCCCAAAUUUCCUACCUCAGACACAGAAGCUUGUUUUUCAUGUAAAUCCACAGCGAAGGGUGAGGAAUGCGCAUCUCUAAUGAGCCGUAAGACCUUGUGGUAUUUUAGCCAUAUUCAUCAUUCAUUAUCUCUUCUAUAUUUGUUAUCAAGGGUAAGACACACUAAAGGUUGCGCAGAUUUAUGCUCACUCUGAAUCUGUGUAGAGGAAGGGGAAUUAUGAAUGUGGUCAUGUGAUGAUAUGUGCUUAGAGGGGUGGGCUGGUUAAUGACAGAUGGACGCUGGAGACAGUUGGAGAGUUUUGGGGUCAGCUGGGUCAAACCUUCAGGAAGGAGGUGGAGCGACGAUCACUUUCCCUCUUCUAGUCUGAUGUCCCCUUAUUGUCAUGAUUAACAUGCUGUCACAACUGGCAGCACACCGGGGCUUUUGGGGGUGUCCUGCUCUGGGUUCGAAAACCCCAGUGCAGGAUGGGUAAGGAGGAGACCAGUGAUGUGGACCGGGGCGGCACCAUUAUGAGAGACUUAAAGAGGAAGGUGGGACAAGAGGUGUGGCUUGUGUGUGUGUGUCUGUGCAUGCCUUUAUGGAGUGUGUGUGUCUGUGCAUGCCUUUAUGGAGUGUGUGUGUCUGUGCAUGCCUUUAUGGAGUGUGUGUGUCUGUGCAUGCCUUUAUGGAGUGUGUGUGUCUGUGCAUGCCUUUAUGGAGUGUGUGUGUCUGUGCAUGCCUUUAUGGAGUGUGUGUGUCUGUGCAUGCCUUUAUGGAGUGUGUGUGUCUGUGCAUGCCUUUAUGGAGUGUGUGUGUCUGUGCAUGCCUUUAUGGAGUGUGUGUGUCUGUGCAUGCCUUUAUGGAGUGUGUGUGUCUGUGCAUGCCUUUAUGGAGUGUGUGUGUCUGUGCAUGCCUUUAUGGAGUGUGUGUGUCUGUGCAUGCCUUUAUGGAGUGUGUGUGUCUGUGCAUGCCUUUAUGGAGUGUGUGGAGUGAGUACCUCUAGCCGGUGGUGGUCUAAGCACACUCUGGCUGGACUUUACUCCUUGUCACCCCCCCCCCUCCCAAUUUUCACAGACAGUCUGAGCAAGUAGUGAGAAGGGGGCAGGGGUGGGUGCUGCAGAGCCACUGAUCGCUAAUUUGAAGAAAGAACGAGAGAGCAAGACACAGAGAGAGAGAGAGAGAGAGAGAGAUAGAGAGAGGGAGUGAGUGAGCGAGCGAGCGCACACUGCCCGCCUGCUUGCGAUUCACUCGCUGGCUGCAUCCUAGAAGACCUCACUCCGGCUUCGAAGUCUCACACUUAUGGAUCCUGCAUGUGGAGCAAGGCGUGCUUCCCCUGCCACCUGUCACACGAGGCUCGGGGGGCGGGGCCUCUGAGGGAGCAACCCCCGCUGGCGUGUGAUGGUCUGCACCCCGCGGGCAAGUGGACUGACGCUCCAGCGUGCGGGGGGGUGGGUAGGGGGUGGCUUCCACGCUGACGAGGGGCUCCGUCUGAAUCGGCUGCUCUCCGACCCCUUCGGCCGCCUCCGCAGGCCCCGUCCUUCCUUCUCUUUGGCUUUCAGACGCUGGGAUUCCUGCUUCCUGUCGCCAGGGAGACCUUUCCCAAACAAGGGGGGUGGGGACCCCCCAGAAGAGGAGAAGAAGAGAGUGGGGGGGCCGUCCCCCUAGUUCUUGAUCUUCGGGCUCCACAUGGCUCCUGCUUGGGGUCCAGCCACGUGGUGGGGGGGCGAUGGGGGCCGAGACGGGGCCCCAGGGGCCAUCUGGCGGGACUGAUAUUAGCAGAAGCUGUGAGAGUCGCACCGGCCGCCCCGUAAAGAUGCAGGUGAUCCAGAUGGUCCGGGAGCUGGUGUCCCCCUCCCGGCGCAGAGCCGCUGCCAGCCGCAGAGCUUCAGACGCGGAACUGGAUGCAGCCGCCAAGCUGGAUCAGGAGCGAGCGGAUAUCGUGUCCAAGUAUGACCAGGGGAAAGAGGGCGCCGUGGUGGAGCCCUGGGAGGACGCCAACUUCCACCUCUACAAGGUGAUCGACAGGUUCGGCUUCCUGCAUGAGACUGAGCUGCCAUCCUACGACUCCGUGGAAGAAAAGCAAAAGCACCAGGAAGUGGAGAGGACUGCGAAAUGGCUGAAGAUGCUGAAGAACUGGGACAAGUACAAGAGCAGUGACAAGCUGGUGAGGAGGAUCUACAAGGGCAUACCCCUGCAGCUCAGGGGUCAAGUCUGGUGCCUCCUACUGGACAUCCCCAAAAUUAAGGAGGAGAAGAAGGACUUUUAUGAGAAGCUGAAGUUACGGGCAAGAGGGACUUCGCCGGAUAUCCGUCAGAUCGACCUGGACGUGAAUCGCACGUACCGUGACCAUAUCAUGUUCAUGCAUCGUUAUGACGUCAAGCAGCAGGCCCUGUUCCACGUCCUGACGGCCUACUCUGUGUACAACACGGAGGUGGGCUACUGCCAGGGCAUGAGUCAGAUCACAGCGUUGCUCCUCAUCUACAUGAACGAGGAGGAUGCCUUCUGGGCGCUGGUCAAGCUGCUGUCUGGGCAGAAGCACGCCAUGCACGGGUUCUUCGUUCCUGGCUUUCCGAAGCUGAUGCGGUUUCAGGAGCAUCACGACCGUGUUCUGAAAAAGAUGAUGCCCAAACUCAAGCAGCACCUGGACAAUCAAGAAGUAUUCACCAGCCUUUACACGAUGAAAUGGUUCUUCCAGUGUUUCCUGGACAGGACCCCAUUCACCUUGACCCUCAGGAUUUGGGACAUCUACAUCCUGGAAGGGGAGCGAGUCCUCACCACCAUGUCCUACACCAUACUCAAGCUGCACAAAAAGCAUCUAAUGAAGCUCUCCAUGGAGGAGCUGGUGGAGUUCCUGCAGGUUACCCUCGCCAAGGACUUCUUCUUCGACGACGACUUUGUCAUCGACCAGCUGCAGAACUGCAUGUCGGAACUGAGGCGUUCCAAAUUGGAGCUGCCUGCCCCAGGUAAAGACGAUGAGUUUCCGAAGAAGCCCAUGGGGCAACUACCCCCCGAGCCCCGAGCCUCUGUUAAGCACAUAGUCAAUGGGCAAAGCCUCAACAUCCAGCGGGGGGCGGAGCUGAAACAAACAGCCGGAGUCUCCCUGGAGCCGAGGACGGAUCUAGGGGUGGAGUCUGAGCACCAGAAGGAGAGCCGAGCCAGCAGCCGGGCGAGGAGGGAUUCUCUGGAGCGACUUGUGCGCCAACACAGGGCAGAGAAGAAGGAAGCUCUCUCUCGAACGUCUGUGGAGGCGGGACCUGGAAGACAGGAGCCGAUCCCAGGCCAGGCAGUGUCUCAGGCUGCUGCAGCGGCCACCACCAAGUCACUAGACCAUUCCGUGGCCAACCAUCACUCCAGUGCCACUUCCGGUACACACAGGGACAUUACCCCCCGCUGGGUGAAGCCCUCAGAGGACAAGCUAGCGGAGGUUGGAAGGGGGCUCGCCCUGUCCUCCGCUCAGGGUGGCUUGCUGCUGCCCUCGCUGAACGGAACUGAGGACUCCCAUUCUAACCAGCGCUGGCCAGCUUCCAGGUCCCGCUUCUACCGGCCACGCUUCAAUCGGGGCUCUAAUGCCUCACAGUAUGACAACGUCAGUGAGUCCGAGUUGGAGAGCCCAGUACAGGAUGAGAUGGAGGUACAACCCGGUCGGACUAUACGAGAAGACAGGCAGCUUCUGCAGCAAAGCAACCCAACCCAAGCUCCCGGGUGCUCCAGAACUGGGCCACAGCCCAAAAAACAAGAGUAUCAGGUUGACGGGCAGACCCAAAGACUGAUGGAGUGUUCUGAUUCCUCCUCAUCCCAGUAUCCUCCAGCACAGCACAGGCUACAGGAGCGGCAGCAUGAUGCAAGCCUAGAAGAGCGCCCUUACAGCCGUGCCCUACGCCCAAACAUGCGACCUUCCCCCAAUACAGCCUCCACAAGCGCCUUCUACACUAGCCAACCUACUGGGUCCCCUCCAGCACCUUCAGGGCACGGUGCCCAGCCAGACAGCACCUACCUGACACAGCCUACCAAACCUGUUGGCAUGCCCAUCUACAUUCCCAGGGUUGACCACGGACAGGAGGGUUGCAUAGCACAGCCAGCACUCCGCAGGCCAGAGUGGCUGGGAGGUGGCAGGGAGUCAGUGGGCCGCACCGCUGAGAACACCCAUCCGCCAUGGACCAUUCCUAAGGCACAAACAUCCCCUGUGCAAGAGUUCAACUGCCCUGUUGGGACAGAGGGCCCUCUCCGAUACAGGGCACAGUAUCAGCAGCUGGUGCCCCCAGCGUACGGAGGACCACACUACAGGCAUGCUCAAGAUCCAUUCGCUAUGCAGGAGUCCAUGUUGAUCUGAGACACAGUCUGGGCAAAAUAUUGCGAUUUAUAUAACAUCUUAUCUGAAGCUGUCAUGAAACACCGUUAGCUUUUGUGGACAGUAUUUUGAACUGGCUGAUUCUUUUUUCCUUAAGCGAUUGUUGGUAAUAAACAGCAGUGCAGUUAAUUUUCUGUGCUGUCAUAAUUUGAAAUGAAAUGUACAAUAAGACUAACUUUAAUAUACUGAACCAUUUACAGGUUCAUUGCUGACACUGAGGGAAUACCCUGCAUAUUUGUGUGUGUAUGUGUGUGUGUGUGUAUAUAUAUAUACACAUACAUACAUACACACCUUUAUUAUUUUUACUGGGUUUUAUUCAGAUGUCUAAUUGAAAGGUGAUUUUAUUUUAUACGAUAAUAUAUUUUUUUCCCCAGAAUCUGAAAUAAAAUAUAGUUUCAGUGUUAUUGUAGCUCAGUGGUUUCAAAUACUGUCAUAUUUCAGUCACGUUUGCACAGCUCGCACCAGCCCUGUAAUCUUACAGAUUGAGUUAAGAUGUAGUAAAGAUGCCGCUUUUUGAUGGUGAAAGUAUAUAUUCACUUAAUCACAGAGUAUCUUCAGCGCACAAGCUGACAUUGUGCAUAUUUUCUGCUGACUCCCUUGAAGAUAGUGUAUUAAUCUGUCUAGAUGCUCCCAGUUAAAUUACUGUCACUGCCUGAUGUUGAACUCUAGAUCAUUGUUGUUAUUUUUAUCUGAAGAGUAAACAGGAUAUUUUUCCCCUGGCAAAGUACCAAUAAUGAUAUACUGUAGACUCAAACUAGAUGGUAAAACAAUGUUACAGACCCAUAAUAUAGACUAAAUUAUUCUGAUAGUGCAGUUUGCAUCUUAUGUGUCACAGAUUAAAUAUCAUAAAGAUGUCUGGGUACACUAACCGCAAUCGGAGUUUUCUAUGUAAAUUGUAAAUGCAGGUGUCUGUAUCUAACAUAGGCUAUAUAAAUUAACAUUUGUUUGUUAAUUAUCCAUAUUCACACAGAACUGGCAGAUCACUGGUAAUAGUUAAUUUCACUUUUUGAUUAAAUGAGAUUUUACUGUCAUAAUUCAUAACUUAGAUUAUACUGUGUCAGGACUGAAACCUGUAAAUGAGGGAAAAUGGAUUCGAGUUUUUGACUUUUAUUAGAGCGAUCGUGAUAAUCCAUGUCAGGAGGGUUAAUUGAAAUGGUAGUUUACAAAUCCGUUCGUAGCUCAGUGUCCUCCCUGGCAUGGAUUACCUGAUCACCCUAACUUUUAUUUCACCCAGAAACAUGACAGGAAGUAGCCCUGUGCCAGAAGAGUCAGUGCCCUUUCCUCAAAAGAUUUUCUAAGACGCUACACUCAUUUAAGGGGAACUGUAGCAUAUUUUGGACUAUAGCAUGUUUCCCGUUUAAUUCUUAUGCAAAUCAGAAAUAAGCUUACGCUUGUGUAGUUCACGAACGAUUAGUUCCUUUUGAAUUAUUCCUUUAAGUGAAUGAAAUAAUCUUGGUCAUUUAGCCGAUUGAUUGAUUUUUCUAUACCUGCCAAUGAGAAAACAUCCAAGCACACAACACAGGAAAAGUCAACGACUCUACACAAAUCCUUCAGUUGAACCAACUCAGAAGAGCUGAUUCAUUGAAAGGAAGUACGGCUCCAGACACUAAUUAGCAAACACUGUCUGUGUCUUCUAACCCCCCCCCCCCCUAUCCCCCCAGGGAGGCCAGAACAUUGACUUAUUUAUCUAACCAGCUGGUCGGUUUAUGGCCGGUGUUGCUUCAUGCUGUAUCCCUGCCAUAUUGUUUCUUUAUGCAGGAUUUUUGGCCAGGUAGACUGUAACGCACACAUGCAGGAUGAAAAUGCAAACAUUAGUGUUUAUGUACAGAUUUUACUAUAAAGAUCUAAUUCCAAUGUUAUUCCUCCUUUGAUUAAUCCCGGGACUGUAUUAACAGCUGGAGCACACUGUACUGUGUCCAGGUUGCAAUUGCUGACACACUUUAUGCAGUGCAUGUUUUUCUUCGCUGAUCUCUGUUGUGCAGGUCAUUAUGGGUAAUGGAGUUCUGUGAACCGUGACUGAACCGCUACGGUACAGCCUCCGUGUAAUGCAUAAACCAGUAAGGCUAUUUCUAAAGGCAGGCAUGUUCAGAUAAAGGGCUUUAGCCAUGUCCAUCAUUAAAAUGCAAGGGUUGCACAUGGAUGCUAUUUGCAUUCUUCACAGCCUUUUGUAAUGUGUAAAAUCUGAUCUUAUACCUGUAAAAAAAUCCAGCUAUGUAGUUUUCUUUCUCUUCAUUAUAUUUGUAACUAUUUUAAUUUACCUUGUAGCCAGUAACCAUUCAUCAACGAGCUGAAUACCACUAAUGAUACCCGGCUCAUUAAACUGUCUAUAUACCAAUAAACCUGAAAUUAAAAUUUUGGUAGUAUAUUUCUGAGCUAUGAUGGUGACCAAAUUGUACCCAAACAUUCAUCACAUCGCAUUACAUUCACUUGCAUUAUACUGAGACUGUAAUCUUCCUUUGACUCAUUUACCCAAAGUGACUCACAACGGAGAAACUUAAAAACUCUUUAUUUUAUUCAGCUGUAUAUUUACUGCAGCCAAGUAGACUGGGUGCCUUGAUAGAGAGGGUGGGAGAAGGUGCCCCUUCCAGGGCCCACCACACACCAAACACCUUAGCACGGCUGCAAAAGGGACAGCAAUCAAUGCCAAAUCUCAUUAAGAAACUGGAGAUGUGCGCUGGGACAAAAAUGUUGUAUCUUACGAGUUUUGAUGGAAUGUGUAUGUGGCGCUUAAGCUGACUGAAGCGAGGUGAAAUUCCGAUUUGUGUGGUUUGAGUUGAGUUGCGAGUACUUGAUUUGUAACAAGUUUUUUUGCGUGAAUGCUAGGCAAGGGAGAACUGUGUCCUAAUGAAUAAAACACCUUUAUUGCA